AUCGAAUCGAGCUUGAUUGGAAAUGCGCAAAAUUCAUCUGACCGUUCUAGUAAACCCAUUGAGUGCUGAAAUACACUGAGUGGACAAAUAUCAUGUCGGCUCGCUUGUUUUAUGACAAAGAUUGCUCGCUUGAUGCAUUGCAGGGCAAGACGAUCGUGUUCGUUGGCUAUGGAAAUCAAGGCAGGGCCCAGGCAUUGAACCUCCGCGACACGAUUCAUGCAGAAGGCAUUCUUCCCACCCGCAUCAUCGUUGCGAACAAGAACGACAACUAUUCCAAAGCCGCGGAGGAAGAUGGCUUUGGCUUCACCUCAGAUUGGCAGAGCGCGGCCUCGGAAGCCGACGUGCUCUUCUUGCUCGUGCCGGAUCAAGUGCAACCCAAGCUGUUCAAUGAAAACAUCGCGCCCACUUUGAAGAAGACGGCGUGCGUGGUGGUCGCGUCGGGUUACAACGUGUUCUACAAGUACCUUAAUGUGGCUCCGUCCAAUGAUGUCGUCAUGGUGGCUCCUCGCAUGAUUGGCACAUCCGUUCGAUCACGUUACCAAAGCGGAGUGGGCUUCCCCUGCUUCGUGUCCGUUGAGCAAGACGGCACCGGGCGUGCUUGGGACAUUGCAUUGGCUCUGUGUCGAGGCAUUGGGGCGACCAAGGGCGGAGUGAUCGAAAGCAGCGCACGUGAGGAGACACUUAUGGAUCUUUUUGCCGAGCAGGCUGUCUGGCCGAGCGUGAUUGCUACGUUUCAAGAGGCGUAUAGCGUGCUGAAGCAGCUAGGGUGCAGCGACGAGGCUUUGGUCCAUGAGUUGUGGUUGAGCAAGGAACCGGCAGAAGUCUUCGAAAAGUGCGCAGAUGACGGAUUUAUCAGGCAACUGGUACACCAUAGUUCUGUGAGUCAAUACGGGCAGCUGAAAGGAAGCAUGGAGCUGGAUACGAGAGCGAUGCGGAAAGAAUUUGAACGAGUGGCUAAAGAAAGAAUCCUGAGCGGGGAGUUCGCAAAGGAGUUUACAGCCUUGGACAAGGAGGGACCUGGGGUGGAUAAGAAGUUGGAGGAGCUUUACGAGAAGGCCAGUCAGACAGAGCUUGCCCAAGGAGAAAAGCGAGUCAGAGAUAGGCUAGGAUUAAAGACGAUAUAGGUUGAGUGAGAUUCUAGAGACGAAGUGAUAUGGACAUCUCCGUAGAUAUCAGUCAAUAAAUUAAUC